AUCUGUGCAAUGAUUUGUGGCCGACCAAUAGUAAAACCACAGUUUUUUCUCAGUGUUGCUGAAGCCAUCCGGAGUAGACAACAUUUUCCCAGUGCUGAAAGUUUUUCCCCUCCUAUUGAUGAACCAAAUAUCAAAGCCGAAGAUAUGGUAAUAAAACCAGAAAGGAAAUGGAUUUUCGUAGGCAAAACAUUCAUAUUUUUUAAUGGAAAACAGCACAAGAGACUGGGUCCCGCUGUAACUCUAGGAGGAGGCAAUGUUAAGCUUAUAGAGGAAAAGGGUCCAAACCUGUCUCUUCUCGAAGCACCAGGGAGCUGUGUCAUAGACGUGGGGGUAUCCGAUUCCCAGACUGCUUCGGAUUCAACAAAAAAAUGGAUUGACUCAGCCCUGAUCACAUUGCAACGAAAAGGACUACGGACCAUAUCUGAGGCAGAAGUUGGAUUAGCAGUUAUUCACAUCUCAACAGAUAUUUAUUGCAAUCCGCUCAGUAAUCCCAAUUCAGAAAUGCACUUCUCUUCAAAAACAAUUUCAAGGCCUACACUUUCUCAGCAGAUGGAUGUCGACAACAUGACUGAACCAGGCAUCUCACAACAUACCUCAUAUGUACCAGAUACACAAAGGACCAAUACAAGGAUGAAUGUAAACACCACAGUGGAGGUAAAAGAGACUCCUGAAACAGACGAAGAAAGCAAGAUUGUAUCUCAAGACAUUUCAGUGGUAAUCCAUCCAGCAACCAGCAUGUUUUCACCAGAUCAAAGACCAAAAUCGAAGAAAGAAAAAAGCCGAAGUUUUAACACUGGAAACGAGGAGCCGGGAGAAAUGGCAAUGUUUAGCAGUGUGAGGAACAAAGACAAGAAUGAACCUCAGUCCAGUUCUAUCCAUGACUUCUUUCAGCCAAUAAGAAGGAAAAGAGAAAGACAGGGGGAUGAAUCGACUCAAAGCAAAUUUGCAAGAACGGAGGACUCAAAACCAUCCUUGAUCCAUCAGACCUCCAUGUCGGAGCCUUCAGUGGGAAGAAGAGACCUCGAUCUCACUCAGUUCACCCAGGCUGAGAGAUUUUCAGCAAGCUUCAUAAUAGGAUCCUCCACUGAGGGUUCAAAAGGGAAUUGUGAAGUUGUUUGUAAGAGAGAAACAACUGGCAUUAAUGUCCCUGACAAAAGCAUUAGGCUUGCUGAUGAAGUGCACAGGUCAAACAAAAGAAAGGGACUUGAUGAUUUUAACAUCCAGCCUGUAGAUGGAAUUCUGGAAGAUGAUGCUGGACCCAGCAGAGAGGAAUGGCUGGUUAUAAGUAAGAGGAGGAAGGUAGAACCAGAGGAUUUGUCUCUCCCUGAAAAACCAUCCAAAGCAGAAUUUGACCACAAACUCCUUCAUUCUGAUAAACGUACAUCAGAAGUAAAACAGAAGACUGAAAUUCUGGAUCCAUUGGCUGUAUCCCUAAAUGAGUCAAAUAAUCAUGAGAAAUUAUUCAAUGAAGCUGAAUAUAAUGAGAUGCUUCCAAGCAAGCUCCUGCUAACUGUUUUCAAGACGCUUGUUAAUCACACUAGACAAAAGAUAGUUCCCACUUCAAAUGCAGACAACAGCCAAGUGAAGAACUUUAAGAAGUUCAGAAAGGUAUUGUACCCAGGUGGAGAAGGACUUCCCAGAAUUAUUGGGGGGACAGACCUCAAGGCUUAUCAAACCAAAAAUAACUCUGAAAUGGAGGAGUGGUUAAGGCAAGAAAUAGAGGAACAGAGCCAACAAGCUAAGGAUGACAUUCUUGCAGAUGACUUGUUCAGAUAUGACCCAAAAUCUGUCAAAAGAAGAAGAUGAAAUAGUGCAUGAAAGCAAAUGUCACUGCCAGCAGACCCUAAUCCUCUCAAACAACUGUCCAAAAGCAGCUGAAGAUGACUUGAUAGUUGUGGAGAUUUUUUAUGCUUCUAACUAAUGGCGCAUGUUCCUUGUUAAAUUCCAGUGUUCAAAGUAACCUUUGUCUAAGUUUUAUCACCUUUAUAUUGGCAUUGAUGGAGAGGUGGACUGGAUUCUAUAUGCUUGCAUUAUAUGAAUCAAGCAAACCAUGGUGGCAGGAUGUCAAACAGAAGAAUAUUUGGUGAAUGUAGCAAUGCGCUGGAAAAUGAUUAUUUGGGGAAAAUGUUUACUUUGAAUAUACCGAGUGAUUCAGAACACCAGUCAUGUAAUUGUAACAAGAAAUCAAGCUUAUUUAUAUGCUUCAUAAUAAAUCUUACAAAUACUGUAGUUAAUCUAUAUUAGUAUUUUAUUGUACAUACUGUACAAAUGUAUCUUGCAUUGACAAUAUAUGCAGUUUCAUUAAUAUUGUGUAUUUUACAGCCUUCUUAAUAUCACAAUGCUUGUCAUCUGUGUUUUAAAAGCACUUCACUUCAGUUUGCCUUUGAUUCCAACUUGCUUUCAUUUUGUGUUGCUCUAUGGAUGUUUUUUUCCUGUUAUUUCUGGCAUUUUAUUUCUGCAAAUACAUUUUAUUAUCCAAAUUGAAGCACGUGUAUGUUACAAUGGGAAAAAAUAUAAUUGUUUAAUGAAUUACCUUUCUAAAGAAAAAUAUCGCAGUGGAAGCCACCGUGAUGUGUUGGGAGAGAUAUAAUGUUAAUUUGAAUUUAAAUGAAUUGUAACUGCCAUGAUUAGGUUUAUAACUUUGGAGUGACUAGCAUAAAAACAUAUUGUUAGUGAGCUACUUGUUUAGAUAUUAGCAAGAAAAUAUUCUGAUUUCUUUCUGGUUUUCUGGAUGUGGUUAUUUUCUGCAUAUUUCUAUCUUAAUCUUUACUUUUUCUUUCUAUUUUUCCUUUUCCAUAUACAUUUUAUGUUUUAUUGCUGUAAAUUCCCACUGAUUGAUGGCCAUUAAUGAAGACAAAAUUCUCAAAGCA